AUGGCUGACAAUAGAAUUCAAUUCACGCAAAUAAACCUGCAUCACAGUAAAGGGGCCAGUAGUGUAUUACUAAGGACCCUAACUGAGAGGCAUACAAUACCCUUACAAAUAGCACUUAUUCAGGAACCAUGGAUAAAUGGGGACCAGAUUAAGGGGCUCAAUCUAAGGAAUUUUAAACUGUUUCAUAAACAAGCAGAUAAACCAAGAACUUGCAUUUUGGUUAAUAAUAAAGUUAAAGCCAGCCUGAUACUUAAUCUAUCAAGUGCAGACUUGACUAUUAUUAGAGUAACACUAAAUGAUGGUAAAAACAUUAUAGUAGCUUCAGGAUACUUACCAUAUGAGGUCACAGACCCAGGUAGGGACCUAACUAUGCUCUUUAAUUAUUGCAAAAAUGAAAAAUUAGAACUAAUCCUAGGUAUGGAUGCUAAUGCACACCACACUUUUUGGGGGAGCAGUAAUAUCAACCAAAGAGGAGAGGUUAUAAUGGAUCUAUUACUGACUACAGACCUAAGUAUACUGAACAGAGGUAGUAAACCUACUUUUGUUAUCAGAAACAGGCAGGAAGUCAUUGAUCUAACAGUUCGUUCAAAAGGGUUACUUCAAAAGAUAUGUAGCGACCAAAACAUACGCAACGAAUAUUCUCGAAUGUUCUCGUUAUCAAAAACCUUCGAGAAACUUCGAUAA